UUCUCCAAACCGGCCAGGGUGGCGCCGUCCCGCACCCUGGACAGCAGCCCCGGGCUGGCGGCUUCCCGGCGCUAACGGAAGGGCCGAAAGAGGAGCCCUUUGGCAGGCGAGCCGGGAGGGGGACUCGUUCUGACACGCCAGGGGGCCCACGGAGCCUUCGCCGGACCUUCCUCGGGGAAGGGCCGGCAGCUUCAGAGGAUUCCCUCCCCGCCACCCGGGGGUCCCGCUCCGUGCCGCCGCCGCAACGAGAGAACAAAGGCCUCGAGUCCGCCUCGGAGAGGGGCGGCGGCCAGACCUUUCCUGCGGCCAAGGAGACCCAACGCCGAAAGAAAGGAAGGAAGAAAGGAAGGAAGAAAGGAAGGAAGGGGGGGUCUGGGCCUCCGGGCGGGCUCACCGAGGGCGGCGGCGGCGGCGGCAGUUCCUUCCGGGCGGGCAGCGAAGGUGGCGUGUCAGGCGUCGCGGGUUCCUCCUCGGUACUUCAGACAGAGGGAUAUGCCUCCUCGCUCUGCCCGCUCUCGCCGGCCGGCCUAGAAGCGCGUUAGCAGCCGCGCCGCUGCCUCCCGGAAGAUCCCGCUGCGAGCGACGCGGCUUGUCCGGGACGGGGCGUAGCGGCACAGGGGGCGCUGUGUGCUUGUAUGGAACUACUUUUCGGGCGGAGGGAUUUUUCUUGCCGCAGAGCAAGAGGGACUGCAAUAAAAGACGAACUUCCUAAAGCGGGAGUCACGGCCAUUGAGAUCCCCCUGCAAUCGCCGGGUGCGGCUGGAAGGUUCCGGCCUUGAAGAGUACCGGCAUCGCGCGCUGAGGGGCGGCGGAGGCUCCUCCCCCCGCGCAGCUUCUCCCCGGGUGAGGGGGCUCCUCCUCGCCUGGGGCGCUGCUCUGAAUGGCCGCGGCCCCCGCAGUGCUCGGCGGGGGCCUCUCUCACGGCGCCCGGCUUGUGCCUUGAGGAGAGGCGGGGCGGGGGUACCCCUCCGGCAAGAGGAGGGGCGGCCUCGCGCGUGACGACGCUUCGCUGGGCUCGGGGUGCGAAGCCCCCGGAGGGACCGGCCUGAUGGCUACGCGGCCCCUUCCCGACUGACUGCCUGCGGAGAGGACCGGGGGACAGCGGUGUCCCCGCCGGCGCCCUCGCUGCAAGGCAGGCGGGGCGGGCGGCGCGCUCCGGUGGGAGGGAGGGAGGGAGCUCCAGCGCGGCGCGCCCCCGUCUGCCUCGCUGCUUGUCUGUCGGUCCCGCCGUGCACGAGCCGGGCGCUCCCGUCGCGCCGCCAUCUUCCUUCCGUCUGUCCGUCCGCCCGCCCGGGCGACCCUUUGUUUCCCUCCCUCCGCGCUGCUAGGUGAGCCCGGACGGGGCGACAGAGCCAGGUGCGCCCCCUGGGGGGGAACCAUGUCCCGUCGGAAACAGACCACCCCCAAUAAAGUUCACUAUCAUGCUGGAAAGGAUGCGAAGGGCGGAUUGGUCAGGCCACCGUUGCUUUGCAGGAAGGGUUUGGGGGAAGCUGUUUUGGGGAAUGGACCCCAGGCAUUAGUCCCAUUCUGGGCCAUCUUCAGGGGAGCAAGUCUUUGCUGGGUUAGAAGAACACACACGACAGGCCAUGAUGAGAAGGGGCUUCCCUGGGCUGCUUGGAGCUCAGGCACCACUGACACACCAGCCACUGCUGCUGCUGCCACCAGAGAAGGACUCCAGCAGCUGUGAUAGUGAUGGGGAGGGGGAGACCACACAGGAUGAGGUCUCCUCCCAUGCUUCCGAGGAUGAUGGAACAAUGGCGGUGGCAGUGAAAAAGGAACUGGAGCCUCCUGAGCAGCUGGGCAGCAGCCAACAGGUGACUCGAGACCACGAGGUGGGUUUGAAUGCCAGCCCAGAUGCCCUGAUGGGGCUCUCCCAAUGUCCCCUCUGCCAGCUGGAGUGCGGAAGCAGGGAACAGCUUGUCACCCAUGUGUAUCAGCACACGGCAGCGGCAGCUGUGGUCAGCGCCAAGAGCUACCUGUGUCCUGUCUGUGGCCGCACACUCAGCUCGCCGGGCUCCUUGGGCAGGCACCUGCUCAUCCACUCCGAGGACCAGCUGUCCAACUGUGCGGUGUGUGGGGCCCGCUUCACCAGUCAUGCCACUUUCAACAGUGAGAAGGUGUCAGAAGUGCUGUGUGGGGAUGCCCUGCCCAUUCCUCUCCCCGAGGCUUCUUCUGGUGCCGGAGAAAAAGCAGGUGCUGCUGCUGCUCUCAGUCCCACGGUGUAUCCCGCUGGCAUCCUCCUUGUGUGCAACAGCUGCGUGACUUACCGCAAGCUUCUGGAAGCUCAAGCCCCAGGUGUUCGCAAGUGGGCCCUGCGACGGCAGAAUGAGCCCCUGGAGGUGCGGCUGCAGCGCCUGGAGCGAGAGCGCACAGCCAAGAAGAGUCGCCGAGACAACGAGACGCCAGAGGAGCGUGAAGUGAGGCGCAUGCGGGACCGUGAGGCCAAACGCCUGCAGCGUAUGCAGGAGACAGAUGAGCAGCGCGCACGCCGCCUGCAGCGGGACCGCGAAGCCAUGCGUCUCAAGCGGGCCAAUGAGACCCCUGAGAAGCGGCAGGCUCGCCUCAUCCGGGAGCGCGAAGCCAAGAGGCUGAAGCGCCGCCUGGAGAAAAUGGACAUGAUGCUGCGGGCUCAGUUUGGCCAGGACUCUUCUGCCAUGGCUGCGCUAGCCGCUGAGAUGAACUUCUUCCCGCUGCCGGUGGGCGGCCUAGAGCUCGAGGGGCAACUGCUUGGCAAGAUGGCCUUUGAGGAGGCGAGUCCCAGUGCCCUGCGCUGAGGCGGGAAAGCGGCUGUUGCUGCUGGGGCUCUGCUGCCCUGCCAAUGAAGCAUGGUAGGGGAGUGUGACCAGUGACAAAGGGUGGGGCACGCUGCCUGUGAACGGAAACAGGGAAAAUAAAUUAACUGUACGCA